AUGGAAAAACUUUCGUGGGAUAUUCUAACCAACAUAUUCAUUCGGUUACAGAGCAAACAACUUGCUAUGAUGAGAUGUGUUUCUAAAUCGUUGUUUGCUCUUUUAUCGCAACCAGACUUCAUCAAAACCCAUAUGACGACCCAAAACCACAAGAAAGAUGUCGAUGAAAUUGUAUUGGUCUUCAACUAUGCUGAUAACAAAGAUAAACCAUUAUUCACUGCACACCUCUUGAAAUCACCCGACAUCCAAGUCAAUGAUCGUAUUAAGUUACCUGCUAAUUUCCCAUCUCUAGAUUCAAUUAGUACACGUAAUAGCUGUGUUUUGGGUUCGGUUAAUGGUCUAAUAUCUUUUUAUACUACUCAACCUGGUCGUUCUUAUCACCCCGUCAUUCAUAUUUGGAAUCCUUCUUUAUCGGCUCUAGUGACUCUACCACCAAUAUUAUCUGACCGUUACUUUUAUCCUGUUGACCUUUGUAGGUUCGGAUAUGAUCCCAAAACUGAUGAUUACAAAGUUGUCAAGCUUUUGUAUGAUACGCCAGGGAAAGUAGUUGAGGUGUAUAGUAUGAGAAAGCACUCGUGGAAAUCAGUCAAUGAAAAGUUUCCGGUCAAUAAUGUUGAUCGUGAGAUUGUUUCUUAUAACGAAGUCUGUACAGAUGGUCAUGGUGGUCAUGUUCAUUGGCUUCACAGAUAUUUUGUAGAUCAACAAAAUAUAUUCUUGGAGAUCAUAGCAUUUGACUUGGGUUUGGAAACGUUCAGUGUGAUAUCUCUUCCAGAUUCCAUCUCAAAGUUAGAUGAGAAUAGGGUGUAUGCAUAUAGCAAAGAUGGUUUGGCUUUUGGCUCCUGGGCUGGAAAGCUUUGUAUAAUGUCACACACAAGACAUAAUGAUGAAUUUGAGAUAUGGGUGAUGAAUGAGUAUGGAGUAGCUGAAUCUUGGGUUAAACAUCAUAAUAUGUCUUCACAGUUUAGUGUGGUCAACUUUGGAAGUCUGUCUGGUGUUUUUACAUUUAGGUUCGGAUAUGAUCCCAAAACUGAUGAUUACAAAGUUGUCAAGCUUCCGUUUGAUAGGCCGGCAGAAUUAGUUGAGGUGUACAGUACGAGAGAAAACUCGUGGAAAUCAGUCAAAGAAAAGUUUCCCGUCAAUAAUAUUGAUCGUGAGAUUAAUGUUUCUUCUAACGAAGUCUGUAUAGAUGGUCAUGAUGGACAUGUUCAUUGGCUCCGUAACUAUGUUGUUAAUCAGGAUGCAUUCUUGGAGAUCAUAGCAUUUGACUUGGGUGUGGAAACGUUCAGUGUGAUAUCUCUUCCAGAUUCCAUCUCAAAAUUAGAUUUGAAUAGGGUGUGUGCAUAUAGAAAGACAAGACAUGAUUUGGUUUUGGGCUCCUGGGCUGGAAAGCUUUGUUUAAUGUCACACACGAGACAUGGUAAAUUUGAGGUGUGGGUGAUGAAUGAGUAUGGAGUAGCUGGUUAA